AUGAAAGAAAUGCACAGUAUUGAUAAAAAGACAUUCAAAUGUACUUCAAUAUGCAGCUUGCGUGGUGAAGGUUUCCGAUUCAUCAAGUGUCUUCAUGAACACAUAGAAGUUCGCCAUCAAGAUUUUAGAUUAGAGAAACAAACCCUCGUGUUUCAAGACGAAGAUAGUUUUUUUAAAUGGAAAACGGAAAUAGAAAACAACACCCUUAGUAGCUACAUCAAGAAAUGUGGUGACAGAUCUCUUUCUGAUGAAACAGUAACAAGUACUUGCCCAGCACAUAUGGCUGUAAAGAAACAGAAAACUGAUACUGGAACAAUAAUAGCAGUUUCCUAUGAAGCCUCUCAUAUUGAACACAGUUGUGAAGUGGGUCGUGUGCCAAUUUCAAAAGAACAGAAAGUGCUCUUGGCUUCUCAAAUGAGCAGUGGCGUGCCAAAAUCAAGGCUAUUGUAUGAUAUUCGCCAGGCGUUCUCUCCAACUAAGCACCUUAGCCUCACCAACAACAAAGACUUACACAAUAUUUGUCGAGUAGAUGAAGAUAUAAUUUUAGACGUAAAUGAAAAUGUAUCUGUACAGAUGCAUGUGCAUAAAUUGAGGGAAGAAGGACAAGUGCUUAUUUACAAGAUAAAAGAAGAAGAUCUUUCCAGUUAUCCUUGUUUAAAAAAAGAUUUCUACCUGGGGAUGAUGAACUCUGCUCAGUUGAAAAUAUUACAAAUCUAUGAAAAUGACAUUGUCAUGAUUGAUUCGACUCAUGGAACUAAUCAGCAAGGAUACUUAUUAACUACUAUUAUGGUAAAUGAAGGAUUUCCUGUUGCAACUCUUUACUCCUCAAGAGUAUCUGUUGAUGUUUUAGAACCAUUUUUUAAAGAAAUAAGGAUGAAGUAUGAAGAUUUCAAGCCACGUGUUUUCAUGUCAGAUGAUGAUCCAGCAUUGUAUAAUUCUUUCAAGAAUGCUUUUGGCGAAGUGGAAAAUCAACUUCUUUGUACCUGGCAUAUCAAGCGUGCAUGGAAGCUGAAAUUAGUGCAAAAAAUUAAAAAGGAAGAUGGCAGGAAAAGCGUGAGAGAGGAAUUGUUUUCCUUACAUUCUGAGACUGAUCAGAGAGAUAUUGAGAGGAGUACAGUUUUUGUUGACAAUAUCUUAAUAAUACUGAGGCCUUUGGACUGUACUUCGAAAAAUAUUACAUUGGUCGUGUUCAAGUUUGGGCCUAUUGCCACCAUUGGUCUCUUAGUGAAUACAAACAGGAAGGUUGAACGCUGGCAUAGAGAGAUAAAGUAUGAAGAAGGUGAAGGCAAGGUUAUAAAGCGCCUCGACAAGUCUAUUUCAACAGUUUUAAACGCAAUCAACAGAAAAAUUAUAGGUCGAUUCAUGUCAAUGGAAAGGAUAAGGUUGACAUCACUACAUGCACAAGUCAUGAGCCAGACAUGA